CGGACGUCUUUUAAAUUGAAAAAUUAACAAAACAAAACAAAUAAUUAUAAUUUAAUUAUUGAUUUAGCGCAAAUCAAUAUUUUGAGGUUAUAUUUUUGUAGUUUGACAGGUGACAGCGCGGGAAAUCGCGCGCCAUUUUUUCAACUAGACAAAGAUCGUUGUGUGUUAUUCCUUUGUGGAUACUUUUUUGUUGGCGUCAGGUGGUGAAAAGUGACGAUGCCGUCAGAAGUGGCUCUGGGUAAAUCGUUGCAGCGCGAGCUGGCGGACUCCAUCAUCAGGAUGGUGCCUCUAGACGAGAUCCGGAUACUCCUGGCUUGUGGAGCCAAGGUCAACGAGCCGGUGACGCAAGGUCUUCGCCCCCUUCACUACGCGAUCUGGCAGCGCUACCUGGAGGCGACCCGGCUGCUGGUGGUGCGAGGGUGUGAUGUCAACGCCAGAGACGACUGCGGGUACAGCGCGUUACAUCUUGCUGCUGAACAUGGGUACACAGAGCUGGUGAAGUUGCUACUAGAGAGCGGAGCGGCAGUAGACUACAGGCCAAAUACUGGCGAAGAGUUUCCGAGAACCACUCUCUGCGACGAACCAUUGAGGCUGGCAAUUAGAAAUAAACAUUACGAGGUGGCCCGUCUUCUACUCGAACAUGGUGCAGAUCCCAACAAGCGUUACUUCUUUGGAGCGGAGAUCAACUUGGUAUCUGAUCCUGAAUACUUGGAGUUACUGCUGACGUUCGGAGCCAAUCCUGAUUCUAGAGACAGAGCUGGUUUGACGCCGCUUAUGAAGGCUGCUAGGCAGAGAAAGGGUUUGGACGCUGUGCUCCUGCUCAUCAGUUUCGGAGCUGAUGUGAACGCGAUGGCUGACGCGAGGAACGACUACAGGACUGUCAUGCAUUAUGCUGUACUUAGUGGUAAUCCAGAAGUAGUGAAUCUGAUGAUAAAGCAAGGUGCUCGCGUCAACUACGAGUGCAACGAAUUUAGCAAACCUAGCCCUUUGGACCUCGCGAUAUUGAAGGGAGAUGUCACCAUGUUGCAAAUGCUUUUAGCUGCUGGUGCUCAAGUGAAUGCAUCGAGUUCGGUAAUUGGAUCUCCUCUACACGUUGCCUGCUCCGACAAUAUUACGAACAGGAAGGAAAUUGUACAAAUUCUCCUAGAAAGCGGUGCAGACCCAAACCUGAAGGUGUACAAUGACGAGGACGCCACGCAGCUGCGACCAGCGCUCGCUGAGUACCUUGCCAGUAACCCGGAACCCAGCGCUGAGAUAGUUGCCUUGUUACUAAGAUACGGAGCCAGGGUCAUCAUGAAAACCCAAUUCCGUGAUCCAGACGGCAUCCUCAACCAUCUCCAGAACGUCACGUCAGAAGAGUACCAACAUAUCUUCUAUCUCCUUCUAGAAGCAGCUGAAGCAUUCGACCUUUGCAUGAUUAAAAGAAACAACGCAGUUACAGCUACGCAAAAAGAGGCCUUAAUCCAUCGUGCUAAAACCCCUAUUUCCUUACUGGCUCAAACUAGGAUAUUUUUGAGAAGAUACUUUAAAACUAUGCUAGUGGAUGUGGUUCCGGAUAUGGAAAUACCUAAAAUCCUCCACCAGUACCUACUUUUUAAUUGCCGUUAAAAAGAGGUUUUAUUAUUUUAAGGUUUCAUUCAAGGCUGCAAAGAGGAAUUCUUUUGCCUCAUCCCUUUUGACAGAUAGUUUUUGGUGUUGCCAGUUUAUUUUGUCCCCCGGUUUUGUGGGUAAUUUGGAUUGAAUUCAGGGUUUGUUGAUUUGGCUAAGAAGAUAUGAAAAGUUAUUGAGAUUAAAUGGAAAGAUGAGUUGCUUAGGCAGCUUGUACGACUACUGUUAAUUAUGUUAGCGGUGCGUUAGAGUUUAUAUACUUAAGUGCUCGUAUUUUUGUAUAAGUAGCUAUUUGUGGUAACUUGUAUUUUUGUUUUGUAUUUCAAAUUAAGAAAUCACAAUUUGUCGAAUUUAUAUUGUAGGUUUAAUCAUUGUACUUUAUGUAAUUAUUUUAUUUGCUUUACAUUUUAAUCAUAUAAUAUGUA